AUGGGAAACACCAGCAGCUCCCAUAAGAUCUCGUCUCAGGAUCGCGCAAUCCUAGACAUGAAAAACCAGCGCGACAAACUCCAACAAUACCGCAAACGCAUCACAAUCCUAACAGACCGCGAAACAGCUAUCGCAAAAGAAUGCCUCGCCCUCAACGACCGCAAACGAGCCCUCCUCGCCCUACGCCGCAAAAAGUACCAAGAAUCGCUCCUGGACAAGACAGAUGCCCAGCUCGCCCAGCUCGAGCAAUUAACCGGGCAAGUGGAGUUUGCGCUCGUGCAGAAGGACGUGCUGUUCGGGUUGGCGCAGGGUACGCAGGUGCUGCAGACUAUUCAUAAGGAGAUGGGGGGUAUUGAGGGAGUUGAGAGGUUGAUGGGGGAGUCUGAGGAGGCCAGGGCUUAUCAGGAGGAGGUGAGCCAGAUGUUACAGGGCAGUCUGUCUACUCAAGAUGAGGAGGAUGUUGAAGAUGAAUUGGAGGCGUUGAGGGCGGAGGUUGCUGAGCCCGUGCAUCUCCCCGCUGCCCCUACGAAAGAACCGCCGCGACGGGAACCCGUGCGCCAGGAGGUCGAGGUCGAGGCCGAUGUGGAGACGGAGACUCGCACUGCGCUUCCGGCGUGA